CGCCAAACGCUACCGUAUCAUCAUCGCUAUACGCAGAUUCCUCGUCGACCUAGAAGUAAAGACAUCAGUCAUGGCUUUCGUUCAAGCCGCAUUCUCCGACCCGAGAGUCCCCCUCCACGACCGACAAGAAGCCCUGAACCGCGUAUUCGCCGACCCAGGCCUUCCAGCACCUGGCGGCAUGCCUUCCUUCUGGCUCAGAGACCCCCCAUUCUCUGAGCUCGCAAGCUUGCAAUCCGCAGAGCUCGCGACAGAAGCGGAGGUUGUGAUCAUUGGCUCCGGGAUUACGGGCGCCUCUAUCGCUGGGACCCUAUUGUCGAACGCAUUUGGCAACAGAAAUCAGGAAGCAAGGCCGUCCGUCGUCAUUCUCGAUAGCCGCGAGGUCUGCCACGGCGCGACGGGCCGGAAUGGUGGGCAUAUCCUCGAGACCGCGGAGGAAUUCAGCUAUUUCGAAGAAACGUAUGGGGUGGAUACGGCGAUCCGAACCAUGAAAUUCCGCCUCGCACACCUGGCGGAGCUGCUUCGCGUGGCAGACGAAUACGGGCUCAGCGAGGUUGCCCAGGCCCGGAAAGUCCAGUUCCUGAGCGUCCAUUUUGAUGACGAGAAGUGGGUGGAAACGGUGCGGUCGAUCCGGCGACUCAAGGAGUGCAUGCCUGCCGAGACGGUGGAAUGGAAGAUUUUCGAGAAAAGCGAGAUUUUGAAGGAGUUCUGUCUGGCCCCAGACGCUCGAGGUGUCAUCGCCGGGCCCGCCGGCGCCAUGUGGCCGUAUCGCUUCGUCACGGGCCUCCUGGCUCGUCUACGCGAUCAGCAUCCCAAGGACCUCCGGAUUGAGACCAAGACACCCGUAACAGCUAUUCGCGAGAACGUGACAGCCACAGACUCGCCCGCACUGCGAUACUCCGUCAUCACGCCGAGGGGAACGAUCCGGGCACGUCAUGUCAUCCACUGCACGAAUGCGCAUGUCGGUCACUUGGUGCCGGGACUGCGCGGCCGCAUCUACCCCAUCCAAGGAACAAUGACGGCGCAGAACCCAGGGCGCAGCUUCCGACCACAGGGAACCGAGCACUCCUGGCUGUUCAACUAUGAGCAUGGCUUUGAUUACCUGACGCAGUUGCCCUCUUGGGGGAAGACAUCCAACAAGAUGAUGCUGGGAGGGGGUUUUGGGCAGCAUGCAGAUCGAGGGAUCUUGGCUCUGGGAGUCGCUUCAGAUAACGAGGGAGUCCCACCGUAUACGCUGGACCAUUUGAAGAAAACGCCCAAGAAGGCGUUCGAUCACGAAGAUUGGGGCGAGUGGAGCGCUGAUCGGGAUGUUGACACGGCGUGGACGGGUAACAUGGGCUUCAGCGCAGAUGGAUACCCGUGGAUCGGCAAGCUCCCGCAUUCUGCAUCUGGCCGUGGGGAAGCAGUGGAGGGAGGGGGAGGCCAUGGGGCCGAAUGGUUGUCGUGUGCGUUCUCGGGCGAAGGCAUGGUGCAGGCGUGGCUGUGUGGGAAAGCAGUAGGUAUGAUGGUGUUGGCCCAUGAUGGACGAUUAGCUGGAGAGGUGGAUCUUUCAUGGGUGCCUGAUCAGAUGUUCGUGACUGAGGAGCGGAUCGAGAAAUCGGUCCUGCCACGGGUGGUGGUCACCAAUCGUCGCUCAUCUCAACUGUGAGGGAGUAUUUGUAGUGAAAAGGAUCAGCAACGUAGGUGAGGUUGAAGUGGCAGAAGGGUGGAUAGGGCGGAUGUCUUGCUUUGUCAAAAGUACCAAGAAUGGAAAGUACUGCAAUGC